UUCCCCUCAGACAUCCAAACAUGAUGCUGCUGCUCGGUUUGUUCGGCCUACAAUUUCUUUGUUUUGUGGACUGCUACCCCAGUGGGGCUCCCACCGGCGCCUGUAAGGACAUGAUGCCUCAGCAUGCAGGAGUUGUCCCUCAGACGUCACCAGCUCCGUACACCAUUCUCACCAACAUGAAGCGGUACCUACCUGGCAUGCCUGUUACCGUCACCAUUAUCGGACCGGAGUACAGAGGGGUCCUUUUGGAAGCCCGAAGAGAAAAUUUCAAUGAUGCUUAUGGAAGCUGGAAAAUCCCUCCUCCAGACACCAAAUUUCUCCAGUGCUCUGGAAAUCCACAAGGUGCCAUAACUCAUGCCAACAUCAACCUGAAGAGUAACACCACAGUCUACACCUGGAUACCACAUGACAUUAUGCACCCUGUGUACUUCAAGGCCACAGUAGCUCAGCAGCGUGCCGUCUACUGGAUAAAUGUGAGGUCCAACAUUCUGCCCAGUGAGGACCUGGGUGGUCUUAAGAUGGCGACGAAUGCAAGUGCAGGAAUUGCUGAAGAAAACCCUCUUCUUCUCUUCUUGAUAUAUUUUUUGGUGAUACGGAUUUUUGGGUAAACAAGAAACAUUUUUCCCAUGACUUUUCUUGACUGUUUUUGUGCAUCCCAAUGAAAAAAAUAAAGAAGUUUUCAGUGUUGAUUAUUUGAACCCAAAAUGUUGUCACACAGAUUAAACAUAUGUUCUUUUUUUUUUUUUAGGUUUCGCUAAAUAAAAAAACAUUGUAGUUAUGUCAAGCUAAGAUAUUAUGUUGAAACUCAAUAGCAAACAUAGAGCUAUAAUUUGCUUAAAAAAAGGCAGGUUUAAAAAAAAAGACACUGUUAUGGAUUGACAGGCAAAAAGUGGGUUAUGUGUGACAUGCAAAGUCUAACUGUGCUGGUUUGUUAUUGACUUAAUUUCAUUUCAAGUAUUGAAGAGCUUGUAAUGACCUGGUUUUUCCACAUGGUUUGAUCGCUAACCUAGAUUUCUAGCAUGAUUGUGAACACAAACACGAAAGAGGCUUAAAACUUGCAUCACAUCUGUCUUUCGAAGCUGAACAUCCCACAUUCUCUGCGUCAUGCCACUGUUUGCUGAUGUUCUACGCACUUGGAGUCUGAUGAGGAAAAACAGUUAAUAAAUUUACCUGUGACAUGGAGAA